AUGGCGGGCCCCUGGUGGAGCCGCUGUCGGAACUGGAGCACAAACUUUACGAGUGCGUCUGUGUUCGAAACCCUGCGGCGUGUGAGCGGCCGGUCCGCGGCUCUGACCGAGGUGGCCUUCCCGGGGCGGGCGUCCUGGAGCUCCAGGCCCCGGAGCGAGGCACAGCCGAUGACAAACCUGAAAAUCUUCAACUUUACCUCAUCUCUAAACAGACUCAAGCCCCGGUUGCUGGGUCCCACACUACAGCCGUGCUGCUGCAGGACGAUACACAGCGACGCUCAGGUCCAGGACCCGUUCACGUUAGCCCAGAAAGACCUGACGAGUUUAUACGAUGAUAUCAAAAAGGAGUUGUUUGUGUCUAAAGAAGAGCUGAAGUUUCUCUGUGACUAUUACUUUGAUGGAAAAGGCAAAGCGAUCCGACCGAUGAUUGUCGUCCUGAUGGCGCGGGCUCUCAACAUCCACAGCAACCGAGCAGGAGAUCUGCUCCCGGGGCAGAGGGCCAUCGCCAUGAUCUCAGAGAUGAUUCACACUGCCAGUCUGGUGCACGACGACGUCAUAGACGGCUCAGAUAAGCGGCGUGGAAAGGGAACGAUCCAUGAAGUGUGGGGUGAAAGAAAGGCGAUCUUGGCUGGAGAUUUCAUUCUCUCAGCCGCCUCCUUGGCUUUGGCUCGUAUCGGUAACAUCACUGUGGUUAAGGUUCUGUCGCAAGUCAUAGAAGACCUGGUCAGAGGUGAGUUCAUGCAGCUGGGCUCCAAAGAGAACGAGAACGAGCGAUUCAAGCACUACCUCGAGAAAACCUUCAAGAAGACGGCGAGUCUCAUUGCAAACAGUUGUAAAGCAGUUUCCAUUCUGGUAAACCCUGAUCCUGAUGUUCAUGAAAUCGCCUUCCAGUUCGGGAAGAAUGUCGGCAUCGCAUUCCAGCUCGUGGACGACGUGUUGGACUUCACAUCAGGAGCCAGUCAGCUGGGGAAACCUUCAGCCGCAGAUCUCAAACUGGGUUUAGCCACUGGACCAGUUCUGUUCGCCUGUCAACAGUUUCCUGAGCUUCAUGCAAUGAUCAUGAGACGGUUCAGCUCUGAUGGAGAUGUAGAUCGAGCCUGGAAAUACGUCCUUCAGAGUGAUGGCGUGGAACAGACCAGCUUCCUGGCCCGGCACUACGGUCAAGAAGCCAUCCGACACGUCCGAAUGCUCCGGCCGUCCCCGGAGAGAGACGCCCUCAUCAGGCUCACGGAGAUGGUGCUCACCAGAGACAAAUGAACCUCCUGUGCCCGGGGCUUCACUUCAGGCAGCUACCUGUGGAAAGGCAAACUCCCCCCGGGCCCCUUGUGUCUGCACAGGGCGGGACGAAGACAUCGAGAGAGAGAGAGAAGAGAUGGACGUUGGGUUCAGACCGACCCCUGCUGCUGGUUUAGUGCCAAAUGAGAAGCGACCUCGUUUGUGUCCGAGCACCUAAUCAGAAUCACGGGAUCAGAACAGCACUCGGGGGUCUCGUCUGAACGGACUCCUGUCGUUUCAUGACUCGACAUAAACUCUUAAAAUAUACACACGAGGCUGAGUCACCUCGUGAAGCUUUGACAUAUAUACACACAUCCUUUUAGAUUUCAGGUCCUACAGGGAAUCAAUGAGAUGGUUUUGAGAUUAAUCUGAACGCAACACUAUGUAACGUUGACUGAACAACAGCGCCCCCUGCAGCUACACGUGAUUCAUUACAUCUGUAGAGAAAACACGCUUAUUCCCACUUACUGAAUGGUGCAUAUUACCCAUGAUCCCCGGCUUCCUGAACCAAAGAGCUGAGGCUAAUUCACAAAACUGUGUUCACAAUUCUUCAUAUUUAAAAAUGCGAUGGGAAUGGAUUCGAUCAUCAUUCAUUCUGGAGUCAAAUGACUCAGCAGGGUUUUAAUAGGCCCUGAUCCGUGGUGAUGUGAUGGCCCGGGUGUUUCAAACUGAUCUCCAGUUCAGCUUUACUCUUUGACUUGUUGGACCCGAGGAUUGAAGCUGUGACUGUCUGUUGUUCUCACAGGAGAUCGAACCCACUCACCAAAGUUUCAUAGGACAGACGUAACAUUCUCCAUAUUCAGUCAAUGAAACCUCAAACUCAUUCUGAAGCUGCUGUUUAUGGGUAAAAAUAGUUUCAUAGUGUUGCUUUUAAAUCACCGGCUGCCACCACAUCACAGUACUGUACCUGCAGCCGCCUCCCACUCCUCGGGGAUCGGUCGGUUACACGCUCGUCCUGAGAUGUGGAGUGGCUGCAUUUCUGUUUAAUUCCAAAUAAGAUGCAUAAUCAUCAUCGGUGUGUUCGUCCGGCUCCGUCCGCACCACCACCACCACGGUCACAUCUCCGUUUCUCUGACUUGUUAAAUGUUCUGAGGAAACUUCUGUAAAGCAAAGUGCCGUUUUACAACCCAGGCCUUAACAUCUGCAACGACUGUGCUCAAUAAAUCCAACAGUUUGUUUUUUAUUUAA